AUGGAAAAAAGUAGUUCACCAUAUGAAAACGAAAAUGAAUGUGAUAAAGAUUAUUAUUUUAAUCAUUUAAGUUUUCAGGAAUAUUGUGAUGCUGGACAUUUGGUACUGAAUUUAAACAGCACAGUUGAUUCUAUUCGAAGCAAUAAACAUAAUUUUGGAUUUCUUCUUGCCAGAAUCCUUGAUGUUCUUAUUGAUACAUCUGUUUUACCAUCAAAUGUAAUGUCAUUACGUGAUGAUAAAUUUAUUGAUUUUGUCAAAGCAGAUGCCGGUGAUAGUGCUGCAGCUCCAGUUGAAAUACAAGAUGGUUUCAAAAACAAGUAUGGUUAUAUGCAAGAUGAUGGUACAUUUGUUAUACAACCUGGAAUAAAAGGAAAUAUCGAAUAUCUUAUUGAUUUGUUAAAAAAGAAAUGUAUUGAAGAUGCCAAAGUAGCUAAAUCUUCCAAACAUAAUCAAUCAUCAUCAUCAACAAUAGCAAAAUCAACGUCAUCUGUUCAAUAA